AUGGUUAAAGAAAGAGAAGCCAUCGCCAUCGUGAAAGAAGAGCUAUAUGCACAGCUGAACAUGAUCUUUCACCUGACGUUCAUGAUCUUCUGCACUGCAUCACAAGCUGCAAGUGAUCUGUCGGGAAAAGUCGUCAUAUUUCCUGUGAAGGGAAACACCGCUCACGUGAGACUAACUCCACUGCUCUCCAACAUUCUGUUCUCAACAACAUUCUGCCUGAGGUUCUACACUGAUUUAAGUACUGGUUUGGCUCGUGUGACUGUCAAUGAAGUCCAUAGCGUGAAGACGUCUAGACAUGCUGGAGGCUCCAUUGCUGGGACGCCCAUUAUAAUUUUAUGCCAGGACCAGGAUAGCUAUGGGGGAGGGUUUGAUGCCAAUCAGGCUUUCACUGGACACAUUAAAGAUGUGCACAUGUGGGAUCACGUCAUUUCUGCUUGUGAAAUCAACAAUUACAUGCAAGGUUUUGCUCACAGCCCAGGUAAUUACCUUGACUGGACAAGGAUGGACUACUCUGUUCAUGGCUAUGUGCUGGUAGAGGAUGAUGACACCUGCUAA